CCCUUCCAAGCAAUCAUUCGGUUCUUUAGCCGUAAUGAAUGCACCGAAAUGAUCAAGAAAUACUUCGCCGAUUGCAUCAGCAAGAUAGACACACCCAACGAUGCAGAUGGAGAAGAACGCGAUCUUCUCGAUUUUAUGUCUUCAACAGCACUCACUGCUCUUGUCGCACUCUUUCGAGAGCACAAAGACUUUCAGACUGCGGAGACUGCGGAAGAGUAUCUGCGUGACUUGGAACGAGAGGAUCGACCAGCCAUUCUUCGUGACCUUUUAAGAUGGAACGACAACAUCCGGGGACGUUUCAUGCAAGAUGAUAGCGAUGAGCUGUGUCUCGAAGCGUCCACAGCUCGCGAUCUGAAAAAUAUGAUACAGCCAUAUACCAGCACAGCCGAGACAGAGAGAUUCGAAGCACCGACCCAUAAAUGCUGCCCUUGGCCUCUGGUCAAGAAAGUGGAGACGAGCUUCGACUCUACAUUACUGUCCAAAAACAUCUCAAUAGCGGAUUGUCCGGGUACGUCUGAUAUCAACAGUGCACGCGUGGAAUACACCAAAACCUAUCUGGAAGAUUGUGACGUGACCAUCAUCGUCAAUAAGAUAGAGAGAGUGAUCGACGACCGAUCUAUGUGGGAGAACAUAAAAGCAGCUUACAGACGCAAAAGGUCUGGAAGCGUCAUUGUUAUCUGUACUGGAUCCGAUGUCAUCAAUCUCAAUGGCAACCAAGGGUUUCUGUCUACCCCGGUGGAAGCUGAACUCCUCGCCAAAAUCAAGGAGGAUGAAGACAUCAUCAAUGAGCGGCUGAGAAAAAUCAACCAGUCUUUACGUAACGUGAACAAAGGAAGUAUAACCGCAUUACGCUUGAUUCAAAGGCAGUCAAUCUGUGCAGUCAAGAAAAAGGCGAUACAGAGACGCACAUUCGAGGCUCGCGUCAAAGCCCGGAAUCGUUACGUUAAGGAAAACAUCCAGCGAAGGUACACUGAAAUGACCAACGAUCAUACCACCCUACCGGUCUUUUGUGUCUCUAGCACAAUGUUCUCGGCCUAUCUGUCCGGAUACCAGAAGUCCGAUCCUCCACAGUUGACUAUGGAAGGCACCGGGAUUCUUGCGGCACGUGAUCAUGUCAUCAGUAUACCUUCCACUGGACAGUUCAACUCGCUUCAUUAUCACUGCCAAAAAUCUCUCGACCGGAUGAUGACUACAGUGGAGAUAUCGUGCAGCUCUACGAAGUUGAGUCGCCAAAAGGCACUGAAUAAAAUCAUCAAUGACGCUCGGGAGAAUCUAGAAGAUACUGUUGCGCAGAUAUCGAAGCAGUUUCUUGCAAACGAAUUUCGAUCGCUGCUUGAAAUAAUGAGCGACAAUCAGGCGAAGUGGAUCAUCCAGGCCGGUCGAUUGUGCAGUCAGUGGGCUCAGCUAAAAACUGGAAGCUAUCGAGCAUUUCUGAAGAAGGGGGGUAAACAUGGAACGAAAGUUGUCCCAUAUCGUAACUGGAAUGAAGACCUAUGUGAGGUUGUGCGAGCAGAUCUAGAGACAGCAUUCGAUGAAUUCUCUGAGCACCAAUGCAAGGAGUUGGCAGAGAGAAUCACAAGCAAGAUCGUUGAGUCUAUCAGGAUUCUUCAACGAGAGCUGGAUAGAAAUCCCGCUACAGUCCUCUCCGACACUGUCCAAGCAUUCCAGAAAAAUCUGAAGCAACGAGGCGAGCAAAUCCAAGAGCUAUGUUGGCGGUUCCGAGAUAGCUUGCGGGAAGAUUUCCUUAAAAUCCAAUUGCGAGCUUAUACCGACGGCCCGAAACACUACCUUAGUGAUGCACUUGAAAAGGUUUACGAAGAAGCACUCAAUGCAAAGAAAGUGCCUGGGAAACUGAUUCAUCGGGUAAGAUGCGAAGCGCUUCAGUCACGAGUAUGCGCCCACAACGGCAUCUUCAAGGAGAUUCACGCUGGUGUGAAGAGCCAGUUCAACGCAGAUUUCCAAAUAGAUAUCAAUGAGCUGGUCGAAGGUAUCGACGAGAUUUUCGCGGAAACGCAGCAUGAUAUCAACUUGGUCUGCAAGAACAACGAGGAUGAUUCUGAGGAGGCCAAGGCUUUCCGCGCAGACCUUGCUGCGAUGUUACCGACCCAGAAAACCUUUCUGAAAGAGAACAUACAAGAUCUACUUGAGCAAUGCAAGAAGGCUCAAUUCUAGAAGGAUAUUAUCUGGUCAGGUUUCCAGCGGGAAUUGGAAUGAUUUACUGAGGGGAGUUCUAUUUGUGGGCGAUGGGGAACUACAUGAAAAUCCUUUCGGUAUACGAUCAGAUACACUAGGUAACUGACAAGAAUCCCCUUUUACAGAUGGGGGUGAAACAAUCGACCUUGAAGUACU